GAGCACCAACCAACCCGCUGGCCGGAAAGGAGGCUUCAAGUGAACCCUACAACUUUAGAUCAAGCCGCUCCUGGAGAGUAAAAAAUAAAAAUAAAAUAAAAAAAAGGUAUCCGUGGGAAAAAUAUAAUAUUACGGCUACUUGGACUUGAGCGUACUCGAGUACCGUACAGAGCAGUCCUCUCAUGUUCCCUAACCAUGUGCGUAUCACCAAUAGUAGUUUAUCUUAUACUUUCCGUAUGCGCCCCCCAUGCUCUCCUGCAGGUCCCUACUUGUAGGCGGUGGAUACACGAGUAGUCUCUUAGGUAUUUAAGUGUGCCCCCCUCCCCUCCCGGCCUCACAACCUUUUUUAUCUACAUAUAUAUAUAUAUUAUUUUAUUCACCUCCCGCCUCGGCUUCUCAGGGUGCCCCUCGAACCAGUGCCUAUUCCUACUCUCUCGGAGGAUCGCUUGGUGGGAUUUUAUUUUGUUUAUUACUCCUAUUUUCCAUUAUUUUCCAUCAACAGGGCCAUACACAUCUGUUAGCCCUCUAACUCAGGGGCGUCUUUGAACACUUAAAGAACAACAAAACAAAAAAAAAAGAUGGAUUCAAGUCCUGGUCCCUACCGUAGCCGCACCCGCGGCCAACCCUUCCACCUUCAAACCUCGGAGGGGGAAUACGAUACGUCUUCUGUCAACACUACAUCGACACAAUCAAUAGAUAUACCGGAGUCGAGUUCGCAUAAUGUGGGCUCGGAAGUCUCUACGUCCGGAUACGGGUACCAAUCAUCCCCCAAUACUCCGACGAAACGGUUGAAUGAAUCGUCACCUCCACCGUCAAAACGAUCAAAGGUGGAGGAGUCUGGUCCCAGCUCGCCCAAUUGCUCACUUUCGGAAUGCCCUACACCCACGGAAGCUCCGGCACCGGAUUCCGAGUCCGAGAGGCCGUCGAGGGUUAAGGUUGGGGGGAACAAACAGUUCAGAUCGAGGUCCUUGCCCCCCCCUCGACGGAGAAGGCGAGCGCACCCGGAAAGCAUCCAACAACACAUCCCACCCGUCACCCUAAAUACCCUAAGGGAGCUCGACCUGCAUGAGAUCUACCGCAACCCUAAGCUUAGACACGACGUUGUCUUCGACUCGCAGCUUCAUUUCCGCCCAAAUCUUGAUGGAAAUAGAGGGAGGAGAAAGAAGGAGAUGGCAGAUAUGUACUGGCAGAUUGUCUUGCGGGAGUGUGAGGUGGUUUUGGGAUCAUCCAGGUGGAGGAAUGCCGAAAUGUUCUCGACAACGCCGAGGAAGCUACCCAUCUUGUUCGAGACAAUGCGUGAUAUCCUAUUGACACUGGUUCCAAAGACAGACAGGUCGGACGUUGAGUCCAUCUUGGAUCCCCCUCUUCUGAUGCAGCAAUUGAAGCACAACGUGUUGGAUUUCAAGGGGCUGUCACUGUGGCUGGCUACAGUCUUGAAGGCGCAUUGUGCCCCGAUGAGGGAUCAGUGGGUGGAGCAGAUGGUGGCUAAGGUGGCUUACGGAGUGGACAAUGGAAAAGUAUCUGCAUUGGUGGAAGGGAUACAGAUGGUCUUCGGGAUUUUGGAAGCUAUGAAGCUGGUACGCGAUCCCCCCCCCCCGCGUCGAGCUUCACAAUUUGAUGGGAUGUUUAAUUCUGACGCAUUUCAUAGGAUGUUGCCAACCACCAGAUUCGAACACUUCGACCCCACCUCAUUUCUACGGCUAUCAGCUUUGAACAGAGUUACUUUCAAGAGCGGAUAGAUCAGGGACGUUUGGACAUGAAGGAGCCCAGGAGCUGGUUUGCGAAUGCUGCAGCGGGCCGCAAGACGAACGAGGCCCUCGACCACAUGGCCAUCUUUACAGGUGCGGUGGUGGAUAUGCUCGCUCCCUCGGGGUACGCUAAAUACCCGGCCACCUUUGUGUUCGACUACGAAAGGCUGGAAGGUCUACGGGACGACAUUCGGGAAGCGACGUGUCUCAAGAUGGCUAUCCUCUUCUUCCGACAGCUGACCCUAACAUCAAAACGAGAUGUGGACGCGGCAACAAUUGACAAGCUCCGCACGUCAAUAAUUGCUAUCCUGGGAGAGGAGGAUGGUGUUCACCGAUGGUUACGGCACAGCAAUGCUGUUGCCCUGCACGUCGCUCAGACAGCCUACGAGUUCAACGGCUCAACCGGGAUCGUCGAUGCCCCCACAGUCAAGAUGGCGGAAAAUUGGUUCGCGAAGCACCUCCAGACCAACUCACCGAUCUAUGCACAUGUGGAGAAGGAGAUUUCCAAGGAACUGACGGGAAUGGUCCUCCGUAUAAUUAAAGGGUGGUCCUCACUCUCCACCUUCUCCAUCAUGCAAUCGGCCGAUGUUACGGGAUCCUCAAUGGAGCUGGCCUCGAUAGCCCAGAGAGCAUCGCAUAUCGUUUUUAUGCAUUGGCGGAUAUUCGGAAAAAUGUAUCUGACAUCGUGAUCUCGUUUGCCCUCGGAUACCGAUUCGCCCCCUCCAUCCAACUCUUUCUUAUCUCUCUCGACAGUAUUAUGUUUAUAAUAUCAUACGUCGCCCAAUAUUUCCUAAUCACAUUUUAUCCAUUUUCCUUUGUUUUCGGUAUAAACGGUUUUUUGGGAGGCAAGGUGGUGUCUUUUAUUUUAUUUAUUUAUUUCGGUUUACUCUCCUGCUUAUCUCCCUUUAAUCUGUGUUCCUUCUCUCUUUUUUUUUCUUCAUUUUCUAUUUUGGUUGGAGUGGGGUUUUUCUUUUCCUUUUUUUUUCUUUUCUUUCCUUCCCAUAAAUAAGAAUACGUGCAAAUUGGGGGGGUCUUUCCUUGUUUCCUUUUGUCAGUUUGUCCUUACCAUAAACAGCGGCGUAUUUAGAGUGGAUCGGUAUUGUAGAGGCGAGUCCAAAUUAAUGUGAUAUCCUGAGAGUAAAUCAAUCGGUGUUCCAUCGAAGUACGUGGAAGGAGGUUUGGUUGGUUGGGACGGAUUGGUUGGUGAGGGCUAGUCCGUUGGAGUAUGAGACUCAGGGUUAAGGCAUAAUUCUAGACGUAGGGUGUAUGGUUUGAACUAUCAAGCCCCCUCCCCCCGAAAUGGUUGUCCGAUAUGAUCUGGGCCUUGGUAGGCUACCGUACCACAGAGUUACAAGUAUCGUUCCUAAGCUAUUGGUACGAGCACAUGUCGCGU